AUGAGCGGCCCUUCAGCAAGCCGCUUCCUCGCGAGGACGGCGUUUCAAUCCAUCGCCCGUCCCACCUCUAGGUUACGCUUCGCCGGCUGGGACAAGAAGAUCAACCGCAUCGAGCUCGUGCUGCGCGGCUUCGGACAGGGCCGUGAUGCCGGCGUCAAGUGUCUCAUGAGCCCCGAGGGCGCCGUGUGGAGGCAGAAGGUCGUGCGCGUGGCCGAUUCGACAAGGCUCAAGUUUGGUGGCAGCAGGAGCAAGAACCCCAGGCGUCUGUAA